AUGGCCACACCGGGCUCUGGUGUUGUCUACAGAGGAGGCCAGGGGUCAUGGCUGGCAGAGCACUCCACGGCCGAAGAGAUUAAUCAUGACGAGAUUUAUGCAGCUGCCGUUCAAGCACAGCAGGCAAUGAUCACGACAGCAAACAAAUUAUGUGUGAAGAAGAAGCUCCCGAGUCUGGACCUUGCAGUCGCCCACUCUUGGACAGAGGUUGACCAAUCGGUCUCGGACGCCUGUGAAGCUUUAGAGGCUCUCUCAUCGGAAGACAAGGCAUUGAAACCGGGUUUUACGGGUAAGAUGAAGCAAGCGUUCCGAAAGCUCUGCGACAACGCUGGUUCUGGCGUCACCAUCGCAAACCUUGUGCCGACUGAUUCUUACUGUUCUGUUCUAUGUGGUGGCCUCAAGAUCGUCUUCAAGGCGCUAGAAGCAACAGGUCACUAUAGGGAAGAAAUAUGUACCGCAUUGGAAGAGAUUCCAUUCAUUUUGAACGAUAACACGGCCUUGGUUAAACUCAACAACAUGGAUGUGGAGCUACAUAGACGUGUAGCAGCUAUAUACGCUGCUAUUUACGCCCUUCUGGAGGUAAUUGCAGGAUGGUUCCUGAAGCCAUCGUUUAAUACUGGGACUAGAAUCCUCUUGAAUCCUACUGGAUUUUCUGGGAAACUCAAGGAACGAAUGGACACUGUCAAGCUAGGGGUACAGCGAUUUACCGCCCACGUCAAUUAUUUAUCAGCCGAAAGACAAAAAGCGUUAGCACAGCAGAACCUUUCUAUCAUGUACCGACUUGAUCAGCAAUCAGAGCAAAUGGAGAGAGGCUUUGAGCGUCUUGAAACCACGCGGAUCAUGUGUCUUGACAAAGUGGAGAAAUUUCUUUAUGAGACGUGGAGAGCCGAGUUUGAGCAAAGACAAUUAUUGCCGCAGCAUCGGCAAACACCUCGAAUCGAGACACCCAUUGUUUCUGUUGGAGAUAUAUUGGAUAAGUGGCGUUACGAACGAGAUCUCGUGCAUCGAGAUUGCGCGACUGUGUUGAGACUACAACACAUAGCAGGAUAUGAUGUUGACCUAGAACUUGUGUCUACCAUCAGAUUCCAUCCACGAUUCCAGUCAUACCUAACGUUGGACAAUUCUUCUUUAUUAUUUGUCAAUACCAGGUCAGAGAAUCCAACAAGGAGCCUCGAAAUGCCAAUUGUCGCUGCUGAAACAUUUCGAAGCUUACACGCCUUUAUCAAAGAACAAGAUGACCAAGCUCAUGAUACAGCAAUUCAUAUCAUUUGCUUAUCAUUCUUUUGCAGUCAGCACAGCAAUUUUGCAACAAAUCAAAAUGCAAGUCCAGUGGACCUAGCCAUGAGUCUUUUGCUACAGCUACUUGACUACUAUCCGGACUUUGACCCGGAGCAUUUAGACCUCGCGGUCAAUGAGGUGAACCCUGGAGAUACAGACACUAUCUUGUUCGUUUUCGGAGCUCUUAUCAAUCAGCUACCAGAAGAUGUAGUCUUAUACCUUAUGGUUGAUGACCUGAAAGCUUUUGCCCAACCUGCCUCACGAAAGUUCGAAAUGAUCCAGAUCAUGGAGAAGCUAUUAGAGAUACACCGCGACGGCAAGUAUAAUGCGAGGCUUAAGUUUCUAUUUGGUAACUCAGCUCGCAAUGUUUUUAGCCUUGGAUUCUUUACAGAAGAUGAGACUUUGAAUAUAUGGUCUGCUUAUGAAAGGAAUUACUUAUAUUAG